AUGACAAAGGAGGCACAAGAAACCCACCGGCGAGAAACCCAACGCUGGCGCGACGAACUGCAGUCUCUCCUCGGCAGUAACACAACGCCGGAUGGCAUGAACAUCGAGAACCUGCAGCGUGAAGUCUGCCACACCCUGGUCAGAAUAAUCAAGAAUUCGCAUGAAAAGCCCCCGGAGUCGUUGUGGGAUGUUGGAGGACCUCUCCAUAACAUCCACUAUCGUCGACCUGUCAUCAGAUCGAUCUGGGAGACCUUAGCGCGAAAGCAGACAGCCGGCGCUCUUACGCCCGCGACUUCCAUGCGCGAUAUUGUACCGAGAGACGUUCAAGGUACCCAGUCAGCCAGAGCUGCAAGGUACAGCCGGCGAAAUCAGUCCGUCGCAGGCGACACGGGUUCUGGAUCUUUCAUGCCGUCCCCAUCAUCAAUUGCUGAGCCGUCAAUUGCUCCUGGCUCACAUCAAGAUCAGCCCAAUAACCAACAACUCUCCAAUUCCGACACCGAGAACAUCAUGACUCAAUGCACAGUCGAUGACCCUUCAGACCAAGCGCAAACAUCUCAGUGUAGCCGCGGCGUGGCCUUUACGUACAUCAAAGACACUGAACUGCUCAAACCUGGAAAGAACCUUCAUGGAAGCCUCAUCUUGAGCAUCCUCCGACGCGCCGCGCAUCUCAACCCUUUCGGGUAUGUCAUCUUGGACCCCGCAGUCUCCAGCGGGAUCCAGAACCACAAGCCGAUUCCAAUAGACGUACAGGAACGACUGGCAUCUUCUGGAAGAUGCUCCAUCAUUGCUCCUAUCCAUCUCGCCGACAGACAACAUUGGGUGCUACUGAGAUUCGAUCGACGCAACGACGUUGUUCACGUUUACGACUCCCUAUCCCCGACCGGUAUUGAUGGCCAAGUUCGAGCCUUCAUCCUUCUGCUCAUCACUACGCUGGCGAUGCACGAUCCCGUCCCCGCCAUUCACAGCUGCCAUUGUCCCCUGCAGGCCGACGAAGGAGACAGCGGAACAGCGGUGAUUGUCAAUGCGUUGGAUAUCAUGACCAGAAACGGCUACCUUGAAGUCGACAGCAAUAAGAACUACACCCUUUAG